AUUUGACAUCCGUGCUCUCAAGAACCAUGGAAAAAAUCAUCCGCAAACAGCUACUAUCAUUUUUACUUUCGGCUAGUCUGAUCAGCCCAUCCCAACACGGGUUUAUGACUAAACGCUCAUGUUUCACAUCGCACCUGGAGUUUUUUGAUCAAAUUACCCAGAGAAGAGAUGUUGAUCAGUCAGUGAUAGCUGUUUACUUCGAUUUUAGUAAGGCUUUAGACAAUGUCUCACACAAACUUCUUCUUUUAAAACUCUCUUCAUUUGGUAUAAAGAAUCCCCUUUUAUCUUGGCUCAAAUCUUUUUUAGAAGAACGUAGCCAAAUCGUUCGCUUUGGAUCUUGCUACUCUAAACCUGUGAAUGUAACCAGUGGGGUUAUACAAGGAAGUGUGGUUGGUCCAUUACUCUUUCUCCUUUUUAUCAAUGAUGUGUGUCCCCUCUUUCAGUAUGUAUAUUCAUUCUCUUCUCCUACGAAAGAAAGCUAUAUUUCAGCGGUAAUCCAAGAGGAAAUAAACAAGUUGUACGAAUGGACUAUUUCGUGGAAUAUGCCAGUUAGUGUUGACAGAAGUGGAUUUAUUCACAUUGGUCGCUGUCUUAUCUUAAAUCUGACUGUACAGACACAUACACUCAAACCUCUCAACACUGUUCGUGACCUGGGUUUAAGUUAUAGCAAUAGUCUGAACUUUUCUGAACACAUUAUAUCUCAAGUAUCCAAAGCUAGAAAGCUCAUCGGAUUGAUAAUAAUAAACUUCAAUAAUAUCGAAUCGAGAUUGCUACUAUACAGAAAAUGUAUCUUACCCAUUCUUGAAUAUGGUAUUUUAGUUUACAGUAAUUGUAGACAUAAUGACCUGAUUAGAAUUGAAGAUGUUCAAAGAAAGUUCACCAAAGCUGUUCUGGGGUAUUCCGAUAACAAAGACUAUCACCAAAGAUGUCAACAACUCAACUUGGAACCUCUUUGGAUCAGACGUAUCAAAUUAAAUCUUGUCUUUAUCUACCGGCUUAUUAACGGUAUUUCCUACUCCUCAGUAUCCACCCCUACAUACCUUAUGAUAUCGUCCCACAAUCUACGCAAUAAAGAGAAUAUUCUAGCGAUUCCAAGGACCCACACAAACUUACUUCUGAAUUUUUUCCUUAUUCGCUACUCCACCAUGUGGAACAGACUGUCAGUGAACCUCCGUUGCAGUGAAACUACAACCCGGUUCAAAAGUCUCCUUGAUGAUUUUCUUUCCGAAAGUGGAUUAUGUCACCUAUUGAAUAUCAAUGUAUUCAAUAAUGAUUUAUACAAACAAGGUCCGUUAUCCAUUUAAUUGCUUGAAAAGCAAAAUAAAACCUUUAAAUCUUUCCACGUCUAUUUUAUUUUAUUUCUAUUUAUCUUAAUAUAUGAAAUCUGCUUAUGUUCGUGUUUAUCAUUAUUACCGUUAUUAAUAUCAUUAUUAGUUCCCCGACACAUUAGAUAUUCUUUUUGUAUCUUCUCAUCCUUAUAAACAUAUUUAACUCCAGAUUGUCCUUUAAAAUCAAUUUUGACUUUCAUAGCAUCAUUCUUAAUUAUUAUUGCACAAAUAUUUAUACUAAUAUCCGGUUUCACUCUGUAUACUAUUACAUAAAUCUAAAUGUAUUCAUCCGAGUGCUUUAGAGGAUUUUUAUUUUAUUUUUUCAAUUUCUGGUUUCCUUCUGAGGUUGAUAUUCAUUACGCAAUUAUUAUUCUUAUCAUGGAUGAACCUUUUCACUAGGUAUCCACUUCUCUUGUCUCUCUUUUUCCCUUCUAUAUAUAUAUUAUUCUUAAGAUUACGAAGUUUGUAAUUAAGACAAUAAAUUGUGUUAUACUUACAUUAACUUCUCAGACCUGUUUUAUAUUCACUAUGCAUAUAUGUCUCAUACAUAUUGAUAUUUUAUUAUCCUUUUCACUCAAUUGAGACUUUCAUCGCAUCACUCCAAUCUAUAACUGCACAAACAUUUAUUCUAGCGUCAUAUCUUACUGCAAUUGUAAGUUAUUUUUUCUUAAUUACUUUUGUUACUAAUUUAACGAUACACACAUAGUCGUUUUUUCUUGCUCUGUGUUCAUAAACACGCCUAUUAGACUGUUUGCGUAUUUCACGUCUCCUUUAUUUCUAUUCCCUUAUUUUCUCCAUUUCCUUUUUUAAACUCAAUUCAAUAUUCUCAAUUGCACAGACCCGAUUUAUUAUUAUUAAUAUUCUACUAUUAUUGCUCUAAUUUUUUUAAAAUGACAAGUAUAAUGCUGACAUUAUUGAAAAUUGUGUAUUAUUGCAUUUUUUGAAGAAACCCGAAAUGGUUUCUUCACAACACUUAUGUACCCAUAAGAUGUUUGUGAAUAAUAAUAAUAAUAUAUACAUAACCACUAAAAAAUAACACCAAGUGGUGACAACUACAAGCUGAUUCA